AUGUCGACGUUACAUUUCGUGGUUCAUCCGCUUCCGGGAACAGAGGAUCAGCUGAAUGACAGAAUACGGGAAGUGGCGGACAAAAUCAACAAGUUCGGCGUACAAACACUGCCCGGACUACAGUCACUGAAGGUGCCGGUCAAGCAAAUCGUAAUUGGCCCCGCCCAUCUCGGCCUACUGCUGGAGGAUGGUCGUGCAUUUCGCGUUGCCUUUUCCAUCAUACCGGAGCGGCUAGAUUUGAGCAAACAGGACGCCGCAAAGGCUGGCAGUGGCGCCGGCGGUGUGGCUACCGGUGGUGGUGGUGCUGGAGGCGGUGGUGGUGGCGGCGGAGGUGGUGGAGGGGGCGGCGGCGGGGGUGGUGGUGGCGGUGGUGGUGCCGGAAAUAGUGGUGGCGGAGGAGGCGGGAGCGGCGGAGGAAAUCCUUCCGGGCAGGCGAAUAACAAUUCGAAAACCACUCCCACCUCUCGCCAAUGCCGGUCACGAGCCCGGAUCAUGCGGACGAGCAGCUCGGUGCGGGCUGGAAGUGGCUCACAAGGAUCGGGAUCGCGCAGCACGGGCGUUAUUAUGGGCGGAGGAUCGUCCGGAAGUCGGUCCAUAGUGUCCGUACCGGCACCCUUCGUACCGGAAGAACUGAUUGCCCAGGCGCAGGUAGUUCUGCAGGGCAAAAGCCGCAACCUGAUCAUCCGUGAGCUGCAGCGCACCAAUCUGGAUGUGAAUCUGGCCGUGAACAAUCUGUUGUCGCGCGACGACGAAGGCGGCGACGAUGCGGAGGAGGGUAGCGACAACUAUGUGGCCGAAGAUUUGAUAUCCCUGUUGGACGGUGGCUUUCAUCCGGACAACAGUGUGAUAAUCGACGCCGAAGCUAUGUUCUCCGAAGAUGUGUUCGGAUUUUCCAACAUUAGAAAUUUGAUGCUCUACAGUCGCGCCCGUAGCGAAAGAAACCAAAACAAUUCCUCGUCUGCCGGUGGUGGUGCGGGCGGUAGUGGUGCGGGUGGUUCCGCUGGCAACGGAAAUGAUGGAGUUCCCAGCAUAAGCCGUUCCGGCGGUAGCGGUGGUGCGGUCGGAAGCAGCUCUUCGGCCGUCAUUUCCGGAUCAGGCGGCCAAUCAGGAGGCCCUUCGGGUAGUGGCGGAGCGGGAGGAAGCGGUAGUGGCAGUGCCGGGGGACCGUCUGCCAGCGGUGCCGGACUCAUUAAUCCGGAACGGGAAGGAUUCGGUCGCUGGCGGGAUCGCCAGUACUUCGGACCACGCCGCUGGCUGCAGAGUGGAGGCCGAGAGGAUAUCUGGGAAAAGGAUGUGGGUGACUCCAAGAAGAAGGACUACGCCUCGGGCUACCCACUGUGGGUCUCGGAAGAGCUGGAAGCGUGGCCCGAGAAGGAUCAUCCCGUCCGCUUCACGGAGAUUGCAUCGCUCUACUCGGAGUUUAUCGGGGUGACGGCACGUGGCGAGCUACAUCAGUGGCGCUGGGCUGACCAGGAACCGUACCGCGGCUGCAACAGCAGCACCGGCGACUCCUCGUCAUCAUCAUCGUCCGCUCCGAACCCGACGGUGGUGCAUCAUCCCAAGACCGUGGCUCUCAACCUGCAGUACGAGAAAGUAACGCACAUUUCCGCUGCCCUGAUCCGGUGCUCGGUAGCAACGGAAGGUGGCCGAAUUGCCACCUGGAUGGACGAACUGCUCGGUUACGCUGGCAACAAGCUGGAACACGUCGCCACCAACUAUCCUGAGUUUGCGCUCGAUCGGAUCAUCUCGCUGCACACUUGCACGCUGUACACGGUGGCCCGCACCGAGAGUGGCGAGCUGUUCUGGUGGGGUGUGCUGCCAUUCGGGCAGCGGAAGCGCCUCUGGGACCGGUACAAGGCGAAGGCGAAAAAACCGGUCCGCCCGAGCGUAAACACCCCGGAAGUGACGGUUGGAGCGCAGGUGUGCAUGAAGAGUUGCCCAAUGUAUCAGCACGGGGCGAUCGGGUUUACGAUCAUGAACGGGGUGCCCAAGGUAGGCCAGCUCAUGAACGCGGCCUGGGACCUCACGAACGUGUGCCGCUUCAAGCUGCUCUCGAUGUCGACACUUUCGCAACAGUUGGCAGCUAGCACCGGCGCUGCUGGUGCAGGUGGCCUCGUAAUUGACCGGCUUACUGCGGUUUCGAUAGGGGGAAUAGGAUCUUCCGGUGCUGGGUCGAAUAUUUCCGGAGCACUGGGCCUAAGCAGCGCUUCCGGUGGCGGAGUAGCAGGUGGAGCCGGUGCAGGAAGUACCGUCAGCGGUGGAAUGUUGCUGGAGAAGGCGGACACUAAGGGAGGACUAGGUUCCGGUUCGUCAUCCGGAGCUAGCGGCAGCGGCAAUUCCAGCGCAGGAGUCGGCGGUGUUUCCGGUACGGCUACGGUACCAUCCUCGAAACAGUCCGCCGGUGCCGGAAACAAAGAAUCCGCCGAUCGGCUCGAUAUGCCGCCACCGCCUUCGCCUGCUUCUAGCACGUGCAGCGACACGGGCAGUGUCACGAACUCACACAAACGUCCCAAGCGGAUGACGAUGAAAGAAGAACCGGACCCGAAGAAGGACGAAGAACAAUGGUUGCUGAAGGAAGUGAUUUUCGUGGAAGAUGUUCGCUCCGUUCCGAUCGGUCGCGUCUUGAAGGUGGACGGUGAUUUUGCUGCCGUUAAAUUCCCACCACCCCCGGGCACAGUACCAGCGUCCGCGGCGUCCUCGAGUAAUGGAGGCAGCAACAGUAAGGACAAGUUUGAUGACAGCAUCGAAGCGUGGCAAGACUGUCGGCUGCUCCGUAAGGACGACUUACAGGUCAUAAAAUCGGCUACGACUCCGAGAGUACCAGACUGUUUCCAGAAGAUACCGCGCCGCAUCGUCCUUAAUCCGACCCCGGCGCCCAGUGGUGCUGCUGAUGGGGGCGGUGGUGGUAGUGGCGGUGGAAGUAACGCCACCUCACAAAUGUUAACAAUCGCCGUCGAUUCGAAAGGCAUUCACGCAAUAAUGAAAACCGGCAAUCGAGUGCACUAUUCGCUGUUUAACUUGAACACGGGUCGUCAGGAACAGGACAGUGCUUUCCCAACCGAUAUCGGUUCCUUCCUGGGGGCCUCACCGACCGAUGUUUCGCUGACCUGCGCCGGUGAUUGCUCCGAUUCGGUGCUGUUACUUCGCGAUGGCAACAACACGCUGUACCCGAUGGCGAAGGAUUGUGUCGAUGCGAUUCGUGACCCGAGUUGGCUCGAUCUGCCACCGAUCAAGUGCAUUGCGGCAGCCUCGCUCACGCUGCCGUCGGUCGGUGUCAAUCUGAAGUCACAGGUUGCGCUCGUCGUUCUGGCACCGGAGCAGCAGCAUCUGAUGUCGAAGAUUUUGCGCUGCGAUGUUGAAGGCAUUCGGCAGCUGUUGGCCCACCUGACGGCGGACGGUGAGCUGAGAGGCGGUCAACUGACGUCCAUACUCGAGGAGCGCACCGACGGUAACCGUAACAUCCUGCACGCCUGCAUCAGUAUGUGCUCUCCGACCUCGAACCGUGAGCAUGAUUUGCAGGCGGGAAGCAGUUCGACGGCGGGUGCUACGGCCGGCACCGGUGGUGGCGGUGUAGGAACUCCCAAUGGAGGACCCGGGUCUGGGUUGGAAACGAUCAACGUCAUAACGAAUACGAUGAUGGGCAAUCGGCCAGUGAGUAUUCGGGAGAUAAUGCGACGGAACGUGGCAAACCGGGAGAUAGACGGUGGUUCACUCGGAGGAAAUUCCGGUGGUGGAUCUGCUGCGGGAGGACAGAGUAGUUCCUCGGCACCGCUAGCUGUCCAGGAGGAUCCUUCGGCCGCUGGCAACUCGAUGCCCUUAGUGUACUGGCCACAGGAGUAUGACCUUACGAUCGGAGAUGAAGACAGUCUUGGAGGGUUGAACAAUGCAAUGUCCGGUGGCGGCAGCACGUCUUCGUCACUGUCUCAGCAUGGAUCUCACUGCCAGCAGCAGCAGCAGAACGCACAUCAGCAGUCGGUUGCCGGGGGACACCACGCAGCAGGGACAGUAUCGUCCAUGUCUCCGCACAUGAGCACCUCGGCGGCCCCGAAACCGUCGAUGUUGUCCAUCGCCGAAACGUACGUGGCCGAUGCCAACGAGCGGCGCACCAACGCGCAGGUGAUCGUACACCUGCUUUGCGAAACGCCCGUACUUCAGCCGCACCUGCGGACGCUGCUGAGCGAAAAGGAUGCACAAGGACAAACGCCUUUCAUGCUGGCCGUAACUUGCCGUGCCUAUCAGGCCGGCAUCAGCGUCUUCGGGGCCAUUCAACGGCUUGCCAAUGGGGACGCGGAAGUGCGCGAUUCGAUGAUCUUUCCGUCCGGAUCUGCGCCCGAUCAGUCGCCGCUCGGCAUUUUGUGCUGCAACGACACCUGCUCGUUCACGUGGACCGGGGCCGAUCACAUCAAUCAAGACAUUUUCGAAUGUCGCACGUGCGGUCUCACCGGAUCCCUGUGCUGCUGUACGGAGUGUGCCAAGGUGUGCCACAAGGGCCACGACUGCAAGCUGAAGCGUACCUCUCCGACGGCGUACUGUGACUGUUGGGAGAAGUGCAAGUGCAAAGCGCUGAUCGCUGGCAAUCAGUCGAAACGGUACGAGUUGCUGUGCAAGAUGGCAAACGAGACCGAUCUGGUUACGCGAUUCAAUUCACGCGGAGAAUCCAUUCUUCUGUUUCUCAUCCAAACCGUCGGCCGGCAGAUGGUCGAGCAGCGCCAGUACCGGGCCACCUCGCGCGUUCGUUCGUCGUCAGGAAAUGCGCGCAAAACGCCCAACCUGGAGUCGGAUAAUGAGAUGCCGGAGCACAACCUGGAACCGCCCAGAUUCGCCCGGAAGGCGCUCGAUCGGUUGCUGAACGAUUGGCCGGCGGUUAGGGCAAUGAUACUGACCGGGGCCGAACAAGAGAAGCCGAUCGUUCCGAACGCCAACAACCAACCGUUCUACGAUGACGACAAUCAGCAGGUGUAUCUGCAGUCCCAGAGCGGCACGACGCUGCUGGACAAGUUUACGCACAGCUUGAUCGUGCGCUGCAGCAGCGAUCCGUUGGAGAAACUGUUGUCCACGCUGGUGAGCGAGCUUCAGAACGAAACGGUUCCGGGGCGGACGGAAGAAGCACAAAAGGUGGCGCGCCGCUUCGUGCGGUCGGUGGCACGCGUGUUCGUGAUCUUCAGCAUCGAGCGGUUCCAUUAUCCGGAGAAGCAGAAAAACUCGACCACGCAGGCCAAGCAUCUGCUGGCGUAUCGGCGCGUGUUUACGACGCUGUUUCGGUUCGCUAUCGAAGAGCUGGUGGAAAUCUCCGAUGCCCUCAUCACACCGGUUCGGCUGGGUGUCGUGAAACCGAUCGCACCAUUUAGCCUUUCGCUAAGUAAUGUAGAUAGUACGGACGAUCUCUUUUCGGUGGAACCGCUAGCGCCUCCAUCGAACCGUGCCGGAGGGAGCACCAGCAUCGUCCAGAUCGCAAAUGCAACGGCCAAUGUACAUCUGGGCGUCGAAGCGAUGGACAGCGAACGCUCAUCGUCCGGGUUCAUUUCGCGCAUCAACAUUCGGAUGCGAGACAUCGACGACAACAAUGACACGGACGCGCUUGUGCAAGACGAUGGUGAAACUUCGGAGCAGGAAGAAUUGGCCGCCGAACAGCCACCGCCCCGCCGCUCAUCCUCGCUGCGCGCAGUGACGAGCGCGGUAUCACUGAAUGCCGAGGAGGAGUCACAGGAUCCGCUCCGGAACGAAGAAAACGCUCAGGGUGAAAGCGACAACGAGUUCAACUUUCACGAGGCCGAAACCGAGUCCGAUUCCGACGACAACCAGAGCACACAGGAUGCGCAACGAAGCGUGCAGACCGGUGCAACGGCCGGUUCGGAUACAGGUCUCAACUCGCUCCUGUUUGACAAUGAAGACGAUUCGGGCGACUCCACACAACCGGAUGACGAGGGUUCCGAGGAUGGCGAGAGUGAUGGCCAUUCGACGGUCGACUUCAACCUGAACGACGAGCAGCUCGAGCGUCGCCAGACCCCGGGAGGAAAUCAGCGUAACAAUCUUGCCCCACAGUCGAUGCAGUGGGCGAUCCGAAGUCGCGACACGGUCGCUCCCGAGCGGGUCCGGUUAGCUACGGGCAGCUCGAACCUGGUGUUUAUCGACCCAAGCACAUUGCGUCGCUCGACGGCCGCCUUAACCGCUGCCCAGCAGCAGGACCCUCCGACGAUGACGACCACGGCCAGUGCUCUGGCACGGGCUUUUGGCAUCAUUUUGCGUCAGAUUUCGGAUCUACUCGGUAUGCUACCGACGCCCACGAGCAUGACCGGAGCGCUUGAUGUGACGCAUCAAGAAGCCGUUCAGCUUCAGAUGUACGUUGAAAGGCGCCUGAAACCGACCUGGGACUGGAUACUGACGGUAAUGGAGGCCACCGAGUCGCAGCUUCGGUUCGGCGCUUCCCUUACCGACUCUACCGAUCCAUCGCAUCCGUUGCAUCCGCUUAACAUACCGACGGCCGGUUCUAGUAGCAGCGAAGGGGUUUCCACACCUGCCACAAUGCUCGGAGUACCGGCAGGCAGUAGAAGCAGAGCGACAAUCAGUACGCUCGGUGCCGCGUCCACUGCACGCAGUCUAGGAUUUGCUGAUAGCGAACGCAACGGGCGCGAUGGUGGUUCGUCUUCAUCCGCUGAUUCCGAGUCGAGCCGGCGUGAUUUCCUCACGUACUGUCUGUCGCUGAUGCGUGGUCACAACUCGGAGCACCGCGAUUCGCUCCCGGUGCUGGACGUGACGGCACUGCGUCACGUGGCCUACGUGCUGGACGCGAUUCUCUUCUACAUGCGUGCUUCGAACGAAUUCGACAUCGAUCGUGCGGCCGCCGCUUCCGGUGCCUGGGACGAUCAGGAUGAAAAUGACAACGAAGAAGCCGAAGAAGAAGUGACUCCGAUCGUCAUGGACACCGAUUCGGUGGAUGACGACGUCCUGACGCGUCCCUCGCUCGGUCGGCGCCAUUCGUUUUUCCAGCGUUCGGAUUCGACACUGUGUCUCGGCUGUCCGGCACCUGACCCGUUCAACAUUUCGCUCGCCGAAGCGCUUCCCCUGGCCGAUCAGCCCCAUCGGUUGCAGCCGAACGCGAAGCGCGAAGAUCUUUUCGGCAUGCCAAAGCGACCGAUAACGCUGCCCCCGACGAACGGUAGCAGCGAUCAAUCGUUGAUGGCGGGCAAGACACUCACAUGCGAAGGCGAAGGUAGCGGCACUUCCGGUGCCAAUCUUGAACUUCCUCCGGUCCGCCUAAGCCUCUCUGCUUCGAUACGUAACGAAGCGGGCUCUGCCAGCAGCACCACCGCAGGCGGCACAAUGGACUCUACCGAUGGGAUCGCAUCGUACGCCGCGGAGGGACAGGACGGUACGAUGCCAGCAUCUCCUGCGCCACCUCCACCGCCGGCCAUAGACUCGUCCAGGGUGCGGGUUGAAAUUUCCCUCCCCGUAGGAAUUUACCAAGCCACAGAGGCUGCGGCGGCUGCUGCAGCUUCCUCAGCAUCCAGCAGCAGUAAGUCCUCCGUCGAAACGGAGGCAGCAGGCAGUGGCAGCAGCAGCGGCCACGCAUCAAAGCCGCCUGUUGACAUGCAACAAUCGCCAAAACCACCGCCACCACCACCUCCGCCGACGACGAUGAUUACGGCCGGCACUAGUGGUGGUAGUAGUAGCGGCGGCGGCGGCGGCGGUGGUAGCAACGGUGGCAGCAACAGCGGCAGCUCGUCCUCGUUUACCGAGAUGUACUACAAGAAGAACCGGCUCUACUACGUGAAGAACAAGUACAGCGAAGAGUCCGACGUCGAUGAAGUGAGUAUCAGCUCCGAGGAGCCGCAGGACUUGUCGCAAUCGUCGAUUAAAAUCGAUGUCGAUACGGAUCAGGAUCACGACGAGCUGUCGGAAUCGGACUCGGAAGACUCGCUCCUCAAACAGACACCCAUCAAGCGCCCGAAGCUGGACGAGGCUGCGCACGCGGCCGGAGAGGAGCACCCGUCGGGUAGCGGCGGCGGCAGCAGCAGCAGCAGCAGCAGUGUGCAGGGCGGAAGUGCUCAAAUCCUCGGCGGAGAAGUGGCUGCUGGAGGACAACAGCAACCACUACCACAGGAGCCCCUGUCCGCAAUCAGACCACCGAUCAUAGUCACCCGUCGGAAGGCGGCUGUAGCGGCUGCUGCAGCUGGUGACCCGCUAGGCACAUCUGAUGCCGUGUUAAUGGUAAAUUCGGUACCAGAACACGUUGCUGGCGGCAGCGGCGGUGGUACAUCAUCGGGCUCAGGUUCUGGCCACUCGGUGUCCUUCGCUAACCCGCUGGUGACCGUCGUGGCGACGGGAGGCAGCUCGGCAGCCCCAGGAUCAUCGCCUGGCAAGAGUGUGAUCGUUCGUGCGGGAUCAUCCGCUCCGUCUACGGCGGUGAGUACAGCAAAAACAACGAUCGAUGCACGAUCGUUUUCUGGGCUGAGUGUAUUUGCUGCAAACAGCGCCAUUGUCAGUGGCGGGCAGCCCGUUAGUGCGGGCGAACUGCUGCAGUCGGGUGAAGCUAUGGACAUCCAGGAGAUCUCGGCGCACGUCACCGUCGAAACCACACCGACGGUGGUGCCCGCUGCGCUGCAACCGGAACUGCCACCUCGCGGCCUCUACCUUCGAGGUGCAUCCAGCCAGCACACGCCCAUCUUUUCCGACAUUUUGCUCGGUCGCUGGCGCCUGUCUUUGAUUUUGUUCGGUCGUGUCUUCCUAGAGGAUGUGGGGGUCGAGCCCGGCAGUGUGAUCUACGAGCUGAAUGGGUUUCCGGUGAAAGAGGCCAAAUUUCGGCGUUACAUGGAGAAGCUACGGCACGCCCAACAGAAGGAUCUCGCGCUGCUAAAGAUGGAACGUAACCGGGCCGCACUGCUGACGCAAACGUUUAAGGAGCUCAACACGCUGUACAACAAUCGACGCGUCCAGCAGCCGCUCGCGUUCAGUCGAGUGAAGGUGACGUUCAAGGACGAACCGGGCGAGGGAUCGGGUGUGGCACGAAGCUUCUACACGGCCAUCGCAGAAGCGUUGCUGGCGAACGAGAAGCUUCCUCCGCUGGAUGCGGCCCAAACCGGACCGACAAAGUAUGGGGCCGGUCCGUUCAACAGUAUGCUACAGAAGCAUCGGGGCAGUGGCGGCGGAACUAGCGGAACCAUCGGUGUCAGUAAUUCUGCCGGCAGUGGCAGUGGUGGCGGCGGCGGCCCCAAUGCUGGAGGAGGAGGUAGCAGUGGUAGUAGUUCGCGACGGGGACUUUCCAGCAAGCAGCCGCUCUGGCGGCCAAACCGCGAACCUCGCAAAACGCUCAACUACGACGCUCGGCCUUUCCGGCCGGCCAUUGAGUUAAAUGCGGCGGUAGCAGCGGCCGGUGGUGGAGGAGGAGGAUCCGGUGGCUCGAGCUCGUCGGCCGCCGGGGGAAACAGUAGUCCACCGUUUUUGCACGUCUCCGAUGGCUUGUCGGUACAGCAGCAGCAACUAGGCGAACGGCUUUUCCCGAAGGUGCAACAGCAGCAUCCAGCGAAUGCGGCCAAAAUCACGGGCAUGCUCCUGGAGUUGCCCCCCACACAGGUGCUUCUGCUACUCGCGUCCGACGAUAGUUUGCGCCAAAAGAUUGGCGAGGCGCUCGAGAUCAUUAUGCAACGGCAACGGCUGGAAAUGGAGGGAGCUCUCCCGAACGGUAACGGGGCUGGCCAAACGACUUCCUCCGCGAGUGGCGCGGCCAGUGGAUCUUCGCUCGUUAGCAUGGCGCCCGCUGGCAGUAGCAGCAGCGGCAGCAGCAGUGCCAACACCGGUCCUGCCGGUCCAUCAUCGAUUGGCGGAAGCUCGAUCGGUGGCGAUGCAAGUGUUGCCGGCGUCGGUGGGCCGACCGGUUCACUGCUGUCGAAAAAGAGCACCGGUAACAGUUCGAUGCUGAUUCUCGACGACUGCCAAUUGGACGCUCCACUGUUCUAUACGCCCGGGAAACGCGGGUUCUACAGUCCCCGCCAGGGCUAUCCGUCGAGCGAGCGUAUCAAUGCAUUCCGCAACGUCGGAAGAUUGAUCGGAUUGUGCUUGUUGCAAAACGAACUGUUUCCUCUGUUCCUUCAACGCCACGUACUGAAGUUCAUCCUGCGGCGACAGAUCCGCUUCCAUGAUCUGGCGUUCUUUGACCCGGUUCUGUAUGAAUCACUGCGACAGCUCAUCAAGGAUUCCCAAACCAAGACCGGGAUUAGCACACUGCAGAGUCUGGAGAUUAACUUUGUGAUUGAUCUGAUGCAAGAGGAAGGAUCUGGCACGGUGGAGCUCGUUCCAGGCGGGCGCGAUAUGCAAGUAAACGAAACCAACGUCUUCGACUAUGUACGCAAGUACGCCGACUAUCGUAUGAUCAGCACGCAAAAGAAAGCACUGGAGGCCAUCCGUUCCGGUGUGUUCGAUGUGCUGCCCGACACUGCGCUCGAUCAGCUGACUGCGGAAGAUUUGCGGCUGCUGCUGAACGGCGUUGGUGACAUUCACGUUGGCACUCUAAUCUCCUACACGUCGUUUAACGAUGAAUCGAACGAGAACAGCGAUAAGUUGAUCAAAUUCAAACGCUGGCUCUGGAGCGUCGUGGAAAAGAUGAGCAACUUGGAGCGCCAGGAUCUGGUAUACUUCUGGACCGGAUCACCGGCACUACCAGCGUCCGAGGAAGGCUUCCAACCGAUGCCAUCGGUGACGAUUCGCCCGGCCGACGAUGCCCAUCUGCCUACGGCCAACACCUGUAUCUCCCGGCUGUACAUACCGCUGUACUCGAGCAAGGCGGUUCUACGGCAUAAGCUGCUGCUGGCGAUCAAAACGAAAAACUUUGGGUUCGUUUAAAACGCACGCGUUUUCCCUUCUUCCGUUCGCAUCGAUUAUCCGAUUUGUUCUUUAUGGCGUGUAGUCCGUAAUUGUUUAGGACUUCUUUUUGUUUUCAUGUUAUGUUCUAUGCUUUGAUUUUUUCGUUGCUUCACAUUACUACGGCACGGUGUUGCUGGGCCGGUUUUAGAUGUAUGUAAAACAAAACUAUUCUUUGUUCGCUUCGGAUUAGUCGUAAGAAGGAAGAAACAAAUGAAAAGCCUAGCAGUAGAGAGUGUAUAUUUAGGUGAUACUAGUAUAAAUAUUCAAUGCCGGCGAAUUGGCAAGAGUGGCGAGCAGAACACACCUCUAGGGUGCCACCCCUUCCUGGAUGGCGCUGCAUGAUGGGCGAUAUUUUCAGUUUCGUGGACAGAAAAACCUUCCGAAGGAAUUGAUAGGAAGAGAACAACAGUAAUUCCACACCAGACGCCUGGCAUAAACUCUCUCUCUCUCUGUCUCUCGGCCCGGGGAAAUUCGCACCCACUAAUUGGCGAGAAGAGAAGUUGUUUGGAUUAUUCGUUCUUUUUUAUUUAGCCCAGUCGCUUUUCAUGUUUUGUCAAUCGGACUAUAGAGAGGUAUGGUUUGUUUACUAAAAAAUGAAUUGAGCGCAAGGUAAGAGGAAAUAAGAGGAAAGUAGUAGUAAGAGGAAAUAAUAGUGAAGUUUAGGAAAACGCUGCCACCAUGUACGAAAAGAGCGUUAUGGUGAAUGAUGAUAAACAGUGAACUAUACGAAGUAGGCGCGGACUGGAGAAGAAAGGAAAUAAAACACAUAGCUAUGAAGCGAAAAAUAAUAAAUUACUAUUACACUACUCCUAGGGAAUAAAUAGCAUGCAAAUAUCAUAAUAAAACGAUAUCUAUAAAUAUAUACAUA